AACAAUGGCUCGUCGUAAUGCUCGCAACCGUCAGCCUACUCCGUCUCCACCUCCGUCCCCAUACCCAUCUCCACCUCACCAGCAGGCUCCCAAUCCAGCUGGGACUCAUCUCAACAUUGUGAUUCAGUUUCGCCAGUUGACCCUGCUGAUUUUCACCGGGGUGGAAGGGCCCGAAGCCGUGGCGGAGUGGAUCCGUCAGUUAGAGCAGAAUUUUGAUUUGUUGCAGUGCACCGAUGCCCAGAAGGUCGUCUGUGGCCGCUAUAUGCUGAAGGGCGAUGCCGCCCUAUGGUGGUUCGGCUAUUGGAGGUUGAGGCAGGCAGAGUUUAAUGCCCUGACUUGGAAUCGCAUGAAGGAGGUGAUCAUGGAGAAAUAUUAUCCUCAGAGCUAUCGCAUGAGGAUGGAGCGUGCUUUCUGGGAUCUUACUCAGGGGACUGGUACCGUUGAGGAGUACGAGCAGGAGUUCACCCGCAUGAGUUCCUUUGCUCCACAUAUGGUGGACACUGACCUGAAGAAGGCCCACAAGUUCCGAGAUGGACUGAAUCGAACUCUCCGUAUGCAUGUUGCUAGCCAGGGAAAUCUUUCAUUUUUUGAGACCGUUAUCCGAGCCGUCCAGCUUGAGAGUUAUCAGACUCUCGAUGCUUCCGUCCCUUCUGCUCAGCUAGUUCAGCCUAUUUCCUCUGCACCACCCGACUCUAGUUCGGGUAAGAUAAAGUUUGGUUCCCGCCGGGAUAACCGGAAGGGAAAGCGUGGGGCACCAGACCGCCGUGACAUUCCACCAGCUGCCCAUGGUCAGAACACGAAAUGCCCUAAGUGUGGCCGCUAUCAUCAUGGAGAUUGUCGUUUCACCCAGAAGAGGGCUGGGGGUCAGUCUCGAGUCUAUACCCUUGCUCAUGACGAGGCAACCAACAAUGCAGGUACCAUGUCUGGCAUGAUUUCUUUAUCCAAUGUGCCCAUCUUUGCGUUAUGUGACACUGGAGCUACUCAUUCCUUUAUCUCCUCUCGAUGCUUGGAUGCCCUGUCUAUUGAUAAUGUAUGCAACUGUGACCCUCUCGAGGUUAGUCUAGCCUCGGGAAAGAUUAUUAUUUCUGAUUCUAUGAUUUCUCGUCUUCCAGUCAGUAUUGGUGCGCGUGUUUUGGAGGCCGAUUGUUAUGUUAUUGAAAUGUGGGACUUCGAUGUGAUCUUAGGCAUGGAUUGGCUCACUCGCUAUCGAGCCGAUAUCCGGUGCCAGGAGCGCGAAGUCAGUCUCUUCCCCGUUUCUGAUCAGCCUGUUAUUUUCAAUGGGGUGAAGUCGAGGACUGUGU